GUAAAAACCGUCUAUUUUAAUAGCAUAAACACCAAAUAUGCCUUAAUAUGCAUUAAUACACACAAUGGAAACCAUCUUAGCUCUACUGCAGAAACUAACAUCCGCAGUCUUGUCUCCGCUUUUGGAGGUUCAGCCAAUCAGCAUCAAGGAAAAUAAAUGGUGCUUCUGUAUUGGCUGUUUUGCAAACGCCAGUCAGUAGGGUGUGAGGUGCAUUUCCAGCUUUUACUUUCAAAUAUUUUAAAUAGAUUAAAUGAAAAAAAUCUGUGACUAAGUAAAUUUUCUUCAAAUAAUUUGGAUAGUGGGCCCACUGUAUACAUAAUGUAAAAUAAAAUACCAUAGAAGAAAAUACCAUCAUAUCUUUUAGAAGUUUUACAAGUGAUUUUUGUUUUACGUAAAUAUAAACUGAGUCUGAAAGUUCCUGAUAGGCGGAGACUGUUUGCAGCUGCUGAAUCCUCCGUUAUGAUGUCAUAAGUGUCUCCAGUGAUGUCACAAAGCCAUCAGUUACCUGUGAUCAGAGUUUCCAUGUAAACUUUGAUGAACAAUCAUCACUAGAGUGAACAGAGUAUGGUCUUAAAAGACUUCGUCUGACUGGAAGAUUCAGGGGAAAACCCAGUCAGUAUCAAGAGAUCAAGUUGAUAAAAAUAUUUUAGACGCGUCCAGAGAUAUGACAGAUCUGGAAAGAGAUUUUGAAAAGAAGGAAGAAAUGUUUGACACAGAGCUAAAUCCAGAGAUUCAGGAAAAAAUGGUGGCUCUUCAAGAGGAACAUUCAGAUCAGAAAGCCUUGGAAACGAGGAAAAAUCUGAGUCAAGAGAAAGAGGAAAUGGAAAAAGCCAAGACAAAAGAAUGCCAGGAAGUUCAAGAACAAUUUGAAUUUAUUGCAGCGAUGGAAGAACUGGAAAAUGAGAGGAAAAGACUUAAGAAGAAGUAUGACUUCCUUAAGAAGAUAAAGGAAAAGCAAAACGAGAAAGAGCAAAAUAUCUACAAAAUGGAGCGCGACAUAAAGGAACUGAUACCAAAUUUAGAUAACGACACAGAAAUUAUUCUUUUGCAAGUGAAAGCACUUGCAAAGGAGUGGGAGCGCUUAAAGAAGUGGGACAUAAAACUGUUGGCCGAAGAAAUCAAACUAACAAAGUCAAAGGUGGAAGUGGAGAUAGAGAAACAAGAAAUACAUGAAGAGAUAGCAACUUUCUAUAACGUAUCCCAAAACCUGCAUAAAAUUACGAUGAAACUGGACGAGCGGCAAGAGAUAAUACAACAAAUGCAGAAAAAGAUCAAGGAAGAAAAAGAGAAGCUGGCGAGAGAAAAAGAAAGUUUCCAACUGGAGUGUAGAUUGUCAGUCGAUGAGUGGAGAAAUCUGCGGGAGAAGGAGAAGCACGCGAGGAAGAAGAAGAAAAAACUCACAAAGUCCAAAAAUGUCCUAAAGAUGGAGCAAAAACUUCUGAAGAAAGAAAAAAGAGGCGAAUGGAGUAAAACCCAAAAUCUAGAGGCUAUUUUUAAGCAACAGGAUCAGUGGGAAAUGGAACAAGUGACUCAACUGGAGAAAGACAAAAAAGAAUCGAAGGCGCAGAUUAGAACGCCAGAGCAAGAGCACAUGUUUGUAGAUUUUGAAAGAAAAUAUCAAGAGGAGUGGAAAGAAAGCUCUACUGUCCUCCAGGGAAUCAUGGAAGCAUUGCAGAACUUGAUGGUUGAUCUGGAGAAGAGGAAAGAAACUGAACGGGAGAGAAAAAUCCCAACGCCUGUAGAAAAAAGUUCAGUCCAGAUGAAAAAGAAAAGCAACAAAGAAGGCUUCUCUUAUUCCGCUGGAAAGCCGAGGUGUGAAGCAGAAGGUUCGUUUGAAAGAAAAACAGGAGAGAUGAGAACGAAUCAGGAAAAAGAGACGACGAUGAAGGGCGUUUGGGUACAGAUGUGCAAUUUGUUCCUAAAGAAAGCUGAGAAAAAGCCCCUGAAAAAGCAGCCAGAGGACAGGAGUAGGACGUCGUCACUGAGAGCAUCUGUGAAGAUCCCUUCAGAGGCUCACUCAGGGAAAAGCUGCACCUGUGGAUGCAACCAUAAAGGCCACAAAAAGAAGAACUGAUCUCUGUGCCUCAGACAGAUGAGAUGAAUGAGAUCUAUUUGAAUUAAACAUAAGAUGAACAAUGAGAAGAUAAUUCAGA